AUGGCUGACACACAUACGCAGCCGUCGGCGGAGAACGGCUCCACGCCGCAGAAGAAGAAUCAUAAGAAGUACAGGAAGGACAAACCGUGGGACAAUGAUAGCAUUGACCACUGGAAGGUGGAUGCAUUCAAACCCGAGGACAACAAGGCAGGUUCAUUCCUGGAGGAGUCUUCAUUCGCCACUCUGUUCCCCAAGUAUCGCGAGUCCUACCUCCGGGAAUCUUGGGCCGCCAUCACCAAGGCCCUGAAGGAUGUCGGCAUUGAUUGCACCCUCAAUCUCAUCGAAGGUUCCAUGACUGUCCGCACAACACGUAAGACGUGGGAUCCCUACAUGAUUCUCAAGGCCCGAGACAUGAUUAAGCUUCUCGCAAGAAGCGUGCCCUUCCCCCAGGCCGUGCGAGUGUUGGGCGACGAUGUGGCUUGCGAUGUCAUCAAGAUUGGCGGCAUGGUGCACAACAAGGAACGAUUCGUCAAGCGCCGACAGCGGCUCAUCGGUCCCAACGGCGCGACGCUCAAGGCGAUCGAGCUGUUGACCGAGUGCUACGUGCUGGUGCAGGGUAACACCGUGUCGGUCAUGGGUCCCUACAAGGGCCUCAAGCAGGUCCGCAACAUCGUCGAGGACUGCAUGAACAAUAUCCACCCCAUCUACAACAUCAAGGCGCUGAUGAUCAAGCGCGAGCUGGCCAAGGACCCGCAGCUGGCGACGGAAAACUGGGACCGAUUCCUGCCCAAGUUCAAGAAGAACAACGUCAAGAAGAAGGCCGCCAAGCCCAAGAGGGAGAAGAAGGAAUACACGCCCUUCCCUCCCGCCCAGCAGCCCAGCAAGCUGGACAUGCAGCUGGAGAGCGGAGAGUACUGGCUCACGGAGGCCGAGAAGAAGAAGCAGAAGGACAAGGAGAAGGCGCAGAAGAAGUGGGAGGCCAAGAUGCAGAAGAAGGCCGAGCGGGAGAAGGCCUUUGUCGCCCCCAAGGAGGAGCCCAAGAAGAAGGAGGCCCAGAAGGAGGAGACCACCAUGGAGCUCGCCGCCAAGGUCAAGCAACAGCACGCGAACAAGAGGAAGAGGGAGGGCGCCAAGCAGGCCAAGGCCGAGGACUUUGUGCUGGGCAGCUCGAGCAGCAAGGUCGAUGCGCCCGCCGCCAAGAAGCAGAAGAAGGAGGACAACAACAACAACAACGGCGACACGCCCACCAAGAAGAACAAGAAGAAGAUGCUGGACCUGUAG